CCGUCACUCAUCAUGGGACACAAGAGACUGGCAACAGGGCCUCCUAAUAUAACAGAAGAUGUUUUUGAGGACUUCCUAGUAACGGAUGAUCUGCUUGUGGAUUACUUCAAUGAAUUCCUUCGCCUUCCAACUUUCACCGAAGCUAUCAAAUUCAACAAAACGUAUGGGAUUUUCGAAGUACUCAGCGAUUUUCCAGAUCAGCUGAACCAGCAAAUUAAAAAAAUGUUGCAGGAGUAUCAGCCCCCAAACCCCAUCUACGAUGCCACAAGAAGCAUCACUGGACACAAAUCCAAAAAAUCCUCUGUUAAUGAUUUACAGCUGAACAUUGAUAAACAUUAUAGCAUUAUGUGUCUGAAUCGGGAGCAAGGAGUUCAGUGGGUUAAGAAGGAGAGGCUUCCAGCUUUUUUAAAGAGUGAUUGCUAUUUUGAAUACAGACUUGCUAAGCUGAUGUCCCAGGUAAAAGUGAGGCAUACAGGAGUUAGUUUACAGCUUGAUCCUCAGUACCAGCCUUGGAUACACAAACGAGAGGUAGAGCCAUCCCCAUCCCCACAAACGGAAAAUGAGGAACUCAUGAAGAAAUUCUUUGUUACUCUUGGACAGGCUUCUUUUACCCAAACAAAAGAAUGGUUUACAAUAGCAAAGCAAAAUGAGCCUACGACAACCACUGAUUCAUCUUUUGGACCCAUCACCUGGGAGCCUGCACAUGGUAGACCUUCACUGUACAAUGGAUAUAAUAAUCAUGCAUCACAGGAACCAAUAUCUUCAUUAUUGAAGAACACACAAGAUGCUCAGGAAGAAGAUGAGUAUUCUGUAUCCAUUGCAGAUUCUCCUAUCCCCAGUCCAGUAAGAAUUUAUAUUGAACAGAAAGAAGAGAAAACAAAUAAUACAGAUCAGCAGGAAAAAGUUCAGGACAGAAACGUCCCAGUCUUCCCAACAAUGGAGGACUUUUCCUUUUAUUAUGUUGAUCAGGUUAUGAAGACUGCGGUAUCCAAGCUUAAUGGAGAGAAGGUGGAACAAAAUGCGGGUGAGAUUGAUGUUUUCAGCCUAUCAGAGGUGACGAUUCAGCCUCUGCAGAACACAAGCACUUCUUCCACUACAUCUGAAUCCACAAUCGAAGAAGAAAUUGACAUCUCAGAUUCAGACAGCGAUGAGCUGGAAGCCCUGGAGUCCUCACGUAAUAAGCAUGAAUACUCCCAUAUCCAUAGCCAGAAAGAAUUUGAAAGGUUUAAAUCUUUUAUAAAAGGAACAUCUGGGGAAAAACUAUUCUGGUUAUGGAUGGACAUUGAACGACUGAAAGCUAUAACUGACAUGAAGAGGAAGCAGAGUCAUCUUAACAAGAUGAAAAAAAUGUACCUGGUGGCCACCGGAGACCAUUAUCUUCAGGGUGAAGUCCUAAUGAAACUGGACCUUCUCGAUACCAAUCAGUGGAGUGAAAGCCAUCUACACUCUGUCCAGGGUGAAAUUGUCAAGCGUCUCCUUCUAUACUGGGGGCCGAGGUUUUGUUUGGCUGAUACACCGUCUGCUAACACAGUUGGUGCGGAUCUUAAAUUUUGGUAUGACCGUCAACUAAGACCUAAAAGAGAUGCAGACCCCUUUGCACAGACAAUAACAUUGUUACCUCUCAGACCCAAGUCUUGUGCACCAAGGAUAUCAGUGGCAAGUUUUCCGGUACCGGAAAAGAGCCUUUCUUCUCCCACAAAAACUAAAAGUGCCUCUUUCACUAGACGAUCUGAAAACCUAAUAUCGGCAAUGUUAAAACCUGAAAAAAGACUGGUAAAAAGUUUACCUGGCAGUGCUGUCCAAUCAAGUAAAAUCCGGACAAGAAUCAGACCCAUGAGCUGCUGUGCACCAACUGUACGUACUAGCCUGGCUAGAGACAUUGUUGGACCAAAAGUUCAUCGCAAUGCACCUGAAGGAGGUCUUGUUUCUCAUGUGGACACAAGCAGCAGCGUUCUGAAGAGCUCCAAGAUGGAAGAAAUGCUGCAAGCUCUCCACUAUGACUGUCGUGCUGGUUAUUUCUUUGCCACAUUCUGUGAACAGUCAGGAAACAAGCUGUGGGAGUGUGGCGUCAACUUCUGGUUUGAUCUACAGUCCUAUCAUCACUUGUUUUACCAAGAGACUCUUCAACCUUUUAAACUAUGCAGACAAUCCCAAUAUAUUUUUGGCACUUACCUGGCUCCUUCUGCUUCUAUGGACAUUGGCGUUAAACAGAACAUAAGGAAAGAGAUUUACCAGAAACUAGAUCCUCCUUUUGAGGAUUUAUUUGAUUCAGCUGAAGAAUACAUCCUCACGCUCCUGCUCUCUGCCUGGACACUAAUGACAAAAUCAGACAGACAAGCCUAUGGCAAGGUAGAGCUGGUUGAAGAGUCUCGACAGCUGGAGUCAGCUAACUAUAGAAAGCUACAGGCUCUGCAACAGGAGAAGGCAUCCUGGAAAGAUGAGGAUCAAGCCAAGAAGUCUGCAUUUGUGCCACCUCCUGACAUCCCUAAAGAGCCCAACCUGUGGGAGUUGGUACCCGAGGAGUACAGGAAUUACAACCUGGGCACCCUGGUGCGUCAUCGGAUGGAACUUGAACACUUUCGUUCCUUCUUAGAGGAAAAUUUUGCAAGUAUGGAUCUAAUGUGCUGGGUUGAUCUUGAGCAGCUCAGAAGAAUGCCUCACAAAGAUAAAGAAAAAAGACAUGAAAAAUCAAAGGAUAUAAAGAAUAAAUAUCUUAAUAAAAAAUAUUUCUUUGGUCCAAACAGUCCGGCUACGAGAGACCAGCAAGAACAGGUGAUGAAUCUGGCAGGGGGCUGGGGGAAAAUUCUUCAUGAUCGCCUAUCCUCUGCUGUCCUUGUUGAAAUACAGAAAUAUGUCCGGAUGAGGAUAGAGAAGAAAUGGCUUCCUAUGUUCCUGUCAACAGAAGAAUACAGGGAACGCCGGAAGAUGCAAUCACAGAUGAAGGAUGUGGCAGAGGAUGUCAUAUCCCAAACAAACAAGAAGAAACUGGGAGUAUGGAAGCACCUAGAUAAUAAAUGGAUUUCUUCCUCCAAAGAAAUUAUCGCUUUCCGAAAAGCUUUACUGAACCCCAUCACCACAAGCCAGUUCCAGCGUUUCAUAUCUCUUAAGGGAGAUUUCUUUGAAAAUGGACUGCUGUUUUGGCAAGAAGUGCAAAAGUAUAAGGAACUUUGUCAUUCUCAUUGUGAUGAUGCCACCAUCCAAAACAAGAUCACCGCUAUCAUCAACUGUUUUAUCAAUUCAUCCAUCCCUCCAGCACUGCAGAUAGAUAUUCCUCCAGAGCAAGCAGAAAAGAUUUUAGAACGACGUAGGGAUUUGGGGCCUUAUGUGUUUCGGGAGGCACAGAUGACAAUCUUCAGCAUCAUGUUCAAGUUUUGGCCUAAUUUCUGUGAAUUCCGGAACCAACUGACUGAUGAGAAGAUUGUACCUCUGCUGGAGAGAAAGAAGGCAAAGAAAGUACAACAAAUGAAACAAAAGAUGAGAGAACAAGAGAUGCUUGCCAAGCAGACACAAGAAGAAACAAAAAGGAAGGGAACUCUCUCCGACAUCUAUGGUGAUAAUGAAAGUUCUUAUAGCGAGGAACUCUUUACUGGCCGUGAAGGUUAUGGACGCAACCGAAAUGUAUCCUGGAGCUAUUCAAAGUACUUGGAGGCACUGGAACAGGAAAGGAUGCUGCUUAAAAUACAAGAAGACCUGGAGAAGAAAACUGGAUCAAGUGUAAUAUCAGAUAAUUCAUCACUCUACAGCAUUAGAAGUGAUGAUUCUAAAAGAUCGGGGAAGACUUUUAACUCAUCACAUGGACAAACACAAAGGGUUCCCUCAGCUGCAAGACCCUAAUGGAGACUAAAUGGGUCUGGACAUUGUUCUGCUGCUAUUGUAACACGCUAUUGUA